GUUGUCGUCGUCGCCGUCGUCGUCGUCAUCGUCGUCGUCACCAUCGCCGUCGCCGACUUCCAUCAGCAGGCAACGUCGUUCGCGUGCGUACGUGCGUGCUGUCCAACUUCCCAGUUCACGGCGGGGCCUUCGCACGACAUGGCGGGCUUUCAUGACAGGGACAGGGCCCUGUUCCCGAUCCGGAGCAUCUCCGCGAUUGUCCAGAUCUUCAAGAAUCAGCUGGAGAAUAGCGCCGAGCCAGACCUCGCGUUACUCUCGAUCCUCAUAGGCGCCGUCGAGAACUCCCUGACGUGCAAUCGCGUCUUUACGCCUCAGGAGAAUGCCGUCUACGACGAGCCGAAGCUACCACCCGUCGAGUACCACAUCGCCGAGGCGCUCUAUACUAAAUUCCACGCGGUGAUCAAGGGUGCCGUGGAUCUCACCGUGUACGACACCAAGUAUGCCACGAGGGAGCUCGUGAAAAAGGUGUCGGAUGUAAUAUGGAACUCCCUCACCAGAAGCUACUACAAGGACCGAGCGCAUCUGCAGAGUCUCUACAGUUACCUGACGGCGAACAAACUUGACUGCUAUGGAGUCGCCUUCGCCGUAGUAGCCGGUUGCCAGGUUCUGGGAUUCAAGGACGUGCAUCUUGCCAUGUCGGAGGAUCACGCGUGGGUUGUGUAUGGAGAAGAUGGUACAGAGACUGCGGAGGUUACAUGGCAUGGUAAGGGAAACGAGGACAAACGCGGGCAAUCAGUAGAGCCUGGUGUAGCAUCUCGAUCGUGGUUGUAUUUAAAUGGCCAAGCAAUGGUAUGCAGUCGUGCUUUGGAAGUGGCCACCAUAGUAUCGGCUAUAAAUCCUAGUCUGAAUGCGACUACUGACGCGGCCGAAGUGGCGUUGCUCCAGCAAGAAUUACUGUGGCUGCUGUACGACUUGGGCCAUCUAGCAAAAUAUCCCAUGGCAUUGGGUAAUUUGGCCGAGUUGGAAGAGGCUGCGCCAACUCCUGGUAGACCACCACCGAUAGAUCUCUUUCAGGAAGCUGUAAGAUCAGCAAGAAAAUACUAUGGAAACGCGCAUGUCUAUCCUUACACCUAUCAAAGUGGAUAUUUGUAUCGACAUGGAUUACAUGUAAACGCAUUUGCUUCGUGGGCUGAUGCCGCUGAUGUUUUGCGAAAAUACGAUUACUCACGGGACGAUGGAGAAAUAUACAAGGAAUUGCUGGAGAUCGCUAAUGAUCUGAUACCACACGCGGUGCGCGUCGACGAGCGCUUACUACGGCAGCCACGUUGCUUCGCGUACCUGCUAAGAUUCUACGAUGGCAUUUGCCAAUGGGAGGAGGGAGCCAACACACCUGUACUGCACAUAGGAUGGGCCCGCCCGCUGGUGAACACGAUCUCCAAAUUUGACGCCAGUAUACGCGCUCAGGUCGUCAUCGAAUGUUAUGAAACGGAAGUUAAGCAGAAAGAGGGAACGGCGCAGAAAAGGGAGACGACUCCCGAGGAGACUCUGAACAAUAAUAAUAACAAUUAUUGUAAAACCAAGGAGAGGGGAAAUGCGGCGCGGGAUCUGAUCAAGAGCCUAGAGUCCAAAGUACCCUCCAAUUCGGCGUCAACGCAUCCCAGUAUCCAAGCUCUAACGGCGGCUUGUAGCGAAAAGAUACUUAACAGAGAUUAUCUGCUACAGGGUGGCGGCGAGCCGUUUGUCGCGCCGCCAGAUGACGCUUUACCACCGGCGCCCUCCACCUCCCAAGAGAACGUCGAGCCCGAAGUGGAGGCUGACUCCGAGAGUGAGAGACCGAGGAUAACGUUGUACAGCCAGAAGAUGAAGGGUCUCAAGGAUCUAUUGCUCGCGGAGAAGCUCAACACCCAGGCGAUCUCGCUACAGCUCACAGCACAGAGCCAGGUACAAAUUGGUAAGAAGUCGCGUGGCAGCGACGACGUGGGAGUCAGUCAGCGUCCUAAGAGGACGCGCCGAGAAUAGUAUAAGAUCUUCGACCGACGUUUCGGUAUAGUGAAAUAUUGAAAGUGCCACCACACUUCUCGAGAUUAAAUCUCCGCUCGGUGAAUACGAGCGGACACGGGACGCGAACGGCCAACUGUCCAGGCAUGGUCUUCGCAAAACAGUCAUUAAGGUAUACCGACCUCCUCGCGCUCUCGGUGUCUCCCCCUGGGGCGCGGACUCUCCUCGGCUGGACUCCUCUCCGGAAUCUCGAUUCGAGAGCGUCGUGAUGAAUUUCGUGCCGUUUGAUUUGAAUAAAGCCCUCCACGGUGCUCCUCGUUUUGCAACGACGCCGCGGGUCCUUGCAAGACAACGUUUACGUUACCGUCGGGGAUAUAUUGCCGUUAGAUAUAUAUAUAUAUAGAGUAUAAAGUAGGUAUGGAGAGAAAAUUUGUAGAAAAGUACAAAAAAGUUUUCCCCGCUUUUUAAGUUAAUAGAACAGAAAUCACGAGUCGCUCUCUCUCGUUGUCUCGCGAUCAUCAACUCGUGAUUCGAGUACUUUUGUGUGUAAAUAUUUCUCUAUUGAUUCUUCCACAUUGCGUAGAAUUGUGACUUGCGGUAUAAAAAUGGGGGAAAGAGUGGAAAGAGAAUCGAAUGUUGUACCUAAUCUGUCUCCGCGGGUAGACCGAUCUUUUUGGAGCACAGCUAUUUAUUCUACGAAUUAUACAAUUUACCGACAAAUGUCACCGACGAAUGCGCUCGGUGGUCGUCGCUUUUGUCAUACGUAUAUAAUCUCUUGUUGCACUCUUAUUUAUUGAUUCACGUUUUUUCUAUUUGAGCUAUUGCACUAUUGAUAAUUACGAUUGACAAGUUGCCGUUAAUGUUUUUUACACUUGGUAGUUGAACUUCUGUUAGAAUUACGCUUCUACAAUCUAGUAAGGAAAACACAUUCCACUCCGCAUGUGGUGCAAACUAAUUAAGUUCUUAUCUUAAGGUAUUUUAAGCAUAAAAUUCUCGCUUAUUUUUAUAACUAUUUAUUUUUCGGAAUAAUUGUAAGUAUCUACGUUUAUAAGACUUCUCUAUUUUACUGUUUGUCGAUAGGCGCGGAAUGAGCGUUAGACAGUUUGUUAUUCUGAUCUUUGAAUCUGAACUAUCUGAAGUGUGUAAGAUGAUGUCGUAUUUUACUGCGAAAGAGGAUAGAAGUGCACUUUAGCACAUUACUAUCGCGUAUCGCUUGAUCAUCAUCCGUGUAAUCCAUGUAAUCUCUCUUCCGUCUUAGCUUUUAUUUGUCCGGUGAUAAUAUCUGAAAACUGUCUGCAACGUCUUCAUUCGCGCGCUCUAGAGAUUAGUAUUCGAUUUUGUCUCUCGUUCUUUUUAAUCCGUUUUUAAUCGCGAAAAAAAAA